AUGUGCAUCCCCAUCUGUAUCCCCUGCGACGACGACUUCGCCUGUUGCCUCUGCGGCUCGCUCACCGCGAUCUGCUGCUGCUGUGGAGGGGACGAUCGCCGCCGAAAUGACCACCUCCGUCACGCUCCUCCGCCCGACCGCGUCGUCUACGUAAAUCCCGUUGUAGUCCAGCACGGCCCCCCGCACCACGGCCACCCUCCCCAUCACGGCGGCUACUACGACCGAGUGUGA